AUGACGCUGGUAACAUCAAUAGUGAGGACAAACCCAGCCUGCCUCUCUCCUUCCACACUGAGUCCAAACCUACAGUCACUGGGUCCUGAUUGUGACAGUGGAGCCCAGUUUGCACUGCAGGAUCCAGAGAUGGCAUCAGUGAAGAUGGAAGACUGCAGUCAAAAACUGGAGCUGAAUGUCAACAUUAAAGAUGAAGAAGAGGAGGAGAAGAUUGGGACAUCUGUUUCUCAUGGACGACUAGAAUUAAGUCUGAGGCCGGUAACAUCAACAGUGACGACAAACCCAGCCUGCCUCUCUCCUUCCACACUGAGUCCAAACCCACAGUCACUGGGUCCUGAUUGUGACAGUGGAGCCCAGUUUGCACUGCAGGAUCCAGAGAUGACGUCAGUGAAGCUGGAAGACUGCAGUCAAACACUGGAGCCGAAUGUCAACGUUAAAGAUGAAGAAGAGGAGGAGGAGAUUGGGACAUCUGUUUCUCAUGGAGACCGUGUUGAGACAUUCUCUACAUCCAGAGAGCAACAGCAGGAAGAUCACAGAGCGAAGAGGUCUCACCACUGCCCACAUUGUGAGGAGAUUUUCCCAUUUCUGUCAAAGCUUAAAAUACACCUAAAAAUACACACAGGAGAUAAUCAGUAUUCCAAUACUGAUGGUGGGAAGAAUUUCACAUCAUUAAAGGCUCUGACAGUUCAUCAGAGAGUGCAUACAGGAGAGAAGCCUUACUCCUGCUCUGACUGUGUAAAAUGCUUCACAACAUCAACUGAGCUAAAAGUUCAUCACCGAACACACACAGGAGAGAAGCCUUACUCCUGCUCUGAUUGUGGAAAGAGUUUCUCUCAACUGGGCACCUUAAAACAACAUGAACGUAUACACACAGGAGAGAAGCCUUACUCCUGCUCUGACUGUGGGAGGAGUUUCUCUGUACUGGACCACUUAAAAACACAUGAACGUAUACAUACGGGUGAGAAGCCUUACUCCUGCUCUGACUGUGUAAAAUGCUUCACAACAUCAACUGAGCUAAAUGUUCAUCAGAGAACACACACAGGAGAGAAGCCUUACUCCUGCUCUGAUUGUGUAAAAUGCUUCACAACAUCAACUAGGCUAAAAGUUCACCAGAGAACACACACAGGAGAGAAACCUUACUUCUGCUCUGACUGUGGGGUGAGUUUCUCUCUACUGGGCCACUUAAAACGACAUGCACGGAUACACACAGGAGAGAAGCCUUACACCUGUUCUGACUGUGGAAAGAGUUUCUCUCUACUCUGCCACUUAAAACGACAUGCACGGAUACACACAGGAGAGAAGCCUUACUCCUGCUCUGAUUGUGUAAAAUGCUUCACAACAUCAACUGGGUUAAUAGUUCAUCAGAGAACACACAAAAGUUAAGCUUUACUCUUCCUUUGACUAUGGGGAGAGUCUCUGAACUGAACCACUUAAAAUAACAUAAACAUAUACACGGGAGAGAAGCCUUACUCCUGCUCUGACUGUGGAAAGCGUUUCUCUCGAGUGGGCCAGUUAAAAAGACACCAUGGUAAACAUAAAGGAAAUAGGCCUUAACCCUGAUCUGACUAGAAAAUGUUUUAAAACAACAGCUGAGCUAAAAAGUCACCAGAGAACACACAUCGAAGAGAAGCCGUACUUCUGCUCUCAUUGUGGCAAGAGUUUCUCCCGAUUGGGUAAUGUAAAAACACGUCAAUGGAUACACACGUGAGAGAAGCCUGAUCACUGCACUGACUGUGAGAAGAGAUUCUACAGACUGGGCCAUUUAAAAUGACACCAAUGUAUACAUAGAGAGAAGACUCAUCAGUUCUCUCAGACCAGCUAAGAUUUGUCACUCCACUUAAUUCUCAUCUCAUAAAGUAAUUGGCAACGUUGAAUUGGAUCAAAUGACGAUAGUGUAGAACACUCUAUUGUAAUCCUAUAGUUUCUCACUGUGAGAGAACUGUGCAGAGGAAAGGGAGCGUUAUAGAAUGUUCGCCUCUCUUUACUUUACUGAUCAGUGAGCACCUGGUCAGUUUUGGUGUGUUUUGUUAGCUUCUACAGCAAAGACAUUGAGCUGACCUUGGAUUUGCCCCUAGGGUUGAAUAUUCUGUGGAGUGUCUCACAAUGGAUUCUGAUGGUUGACUGGGUGGUACUGCUUCACUCUGCAGUUUUCUGUGGGAAUGAGCGAGUAGACACAACAUACACUGUGUACAAAACAUUAAGGACACCUGUUCUUUCCAUGACAUAGACUGACCAGCUGAACGCUAUGAUCCUUAAUUAUUUAGUUUUUGUGUAUUUAUUAUGGAUCCUCAUUAGCUUUUAGCAAAAAUCAACAAACUGCUAUUGCAGUGGGCUAAGGAAUGAAAACACUGGACACUAGAAUUGACGUAAAAGUGUGUCAACAAUAUGAAUAAAUAUAAUAUUUAUAUAAAAAUAAAAAUAGUAAAGUACAGAUACAAUUAAAGUAGGUCUUUAAGUAAUUUAUUCUUAAGUACUUUACACCACUGCAUGCAUCCAUGCUGUGUGUCAGCAUUACAGGCUGGUGGUGUGAUGGUUGGGGUGUGUUUUCAGGGCACACAUUGGGCCUCUUGAUAAAAGUUGAGCAAUGUUUGAAUGCCACAGGAUAUCUAAAUAAUCACUGCCAAUCAGGUGCCUCCCUUCAUGGCAGCAGUGUAUCCAUCUGCAAAUAGUUUUUUUCAUUAGUAUUAUGCCCCAUGCCACAAGGCUUGUCCAGAAAUGGUUCCAAGAACAUGACAGUGAAUUCAGUUUCAUGCAGUGGCCUGCCGAGUCACCAGAUCUCAAUCCAAUUGUUCAUCUGUGGGAGGAGAUGGAAGGAGCUAUUCAGAGUAGAGAUCCACUCCCAGCCAACCCAACACAUCUGUGGGAAGCAUUGGAGUCAACAUGGGCCAGCAUCCCUGUGGAAUGCUCUCAACACCUUGGACAUUCUAUGCCCUGAUGAAUUGAUGUGGGGUGCAACUCCUAAUGUUUAGUGUAUAUCAGAAAAGAUGGUGUGAUGAUCAGUUUUCAGCAUUAGUUUGGGUGGAUGAUUUAAUAUUACUAAACAACUUUUGUUUAAUGUUGAACAGGCUAUGAAUCAUCUAAUUGUGUUUAUUAAAUUGUAUUUUAAUAGUAGAUUCGUUAUUUAGUCAUUGAUGAUGAAUGUAUUUGAAUAACAAUUGAAGUUAAUUGAUCUGGCGGCAGGUAGCCUAGCAGUUUAGAGUCUUGGGCCAGUAACUGAAAGGUGGCUGGUUUGAAUCUCAAGCCAACUUGGUGAAACAUCUAUCAUUGUGCCUUUGAGCAAGUCAAUUAACCCUUAAUGUUUCCUGUAAAUCGCUCUGGAUAAGAGCAUCUGCUAAAUGACAAAAAUGUAAUGAAAAAUGUUUGUACAUUAAUUUAUGCUGAGCAACCAUUUUUUUCCUUGUGUACAGUGCCUUGCGAAAGUAUUCGGCCCCCCUGAACUUUGCGACCUUUUGCCACAUUUCAGGCUUCAAACAUAAAGAUAUAAAACUGUAUUUUUUGUGAAGAAUCAACAACAAGUGGGACACAAUCAUGAAGUGGAACGACAUUUAUUGAAUAUUUCAAACUUUUUUAACAAAUCAAAACUGAAAAAUUGGGCGUGCAAAAUUAUUCAGCCCCUUUACUUUCAGUGCAGCAAACUCUCUCCAGAAUUUCAGUGAGGAUCUCUGAAUGAUCCAAUGUUGACCUAAAUGACUAAUGAUGAUAAAUACAAUCCACCUGUGUGUAAUCAAGUCUCCGUAUAAAUGCACCUGCACUGUGAUAGUCUCAGAGGUCUGUUAAAAGCGCAGAGAGCAUCAUGAAGAACAAGGAACACACCAGGCAGGUCCGAGAUACUGUUGUGAAGAAGUUUAAAGCUGGAUUUGGAUACAAAAAGAUUUCCCAAGCUUUAAACAUCCCAAGGAGCACUGUGCAAGCGAUUAAUAUUGAAAUGGAAGGAGUAUCAGACCACUGCAAAUCUACCAAGACCUGGCCGUCCCUCUAAACUUUCAACUCAUACAAGGAGAAGACUGAUCAGAGAUGCAGCCAAGAGGCCCAUGAUCACUCUGGAUGAACUGCAGAGAUCUACAGCUGAGGUGGGAGACUCUGUUGUCCUAUGAACAAUCAGUCGUAUAUUUCACAAAUCUGGCCUUUAUGGAAGAGUGGCAAGAAGAAAGCCAUUUCUUAAAGAUAUCCAUAAAAAGUGUUGUUUAAAGUUUGCCACAAGCCACCUGGGAGACACACCAAACAUGUGGAAGAAGGUGCUCUGGUCAGAUGAAACCAAAAUUGAACUUUUUGGCAACAAUGCAAAACGUUAUGUUUGGCGUAAAAGCAACACAGCCCAUAACCCUGAACACACCAUCCCCACUGUCAAACAUGGUGGUGGCAGCAUCAUGGUUUGGGCCUGCUUUUCUUCAGCAGGGACAGGGAAGAUGGUUAAAAUUGAUGGGAAGAUGGAUGGAGCCAAAUACAGGACCAUUCUGGAAGAAAACCUGAUGGAGUCUGCAAAAGACCUGAGACUGGGACGGAGAUUUGUCUUCCAACAAGACAAUGAUCCACAACAUAAAGCAAAAUCUACAAUGGAAUGGUUCAAAAAUAAACAUAUCCAGGUGUUAGAAUGGCCAAGUCAAAGUCCAGACCUGAAUCCAAUCGAGAAUCUUUAGAAAGAACUGAAAACUGCUGUUCACAAAUGCUCUCCAUCCAACCUCAGAGCUCGAGCUGUUUUGCAAGGAGGAAUGGGAAAAAAUGUCAGUCUCUCGAUGUGCAAAACUGUUAGAGACAUACCCCAAGCGACUUACAGCUGUAAUCGCAGCAAAAGGUGGCGCUACAAAGUAUUAACUUAAGGGGGCUGAAUAAUUUUGCACGCCCAAUUUUUCAGUUUUUGAUUUGUUAAAAAAGUUUGAAAUAUCCAAUAAAUAUCGCUCCACUUCA